AGCACAUGAUAGAGUAUAAUUUAAAUAUUUAACCAUUUUUGAUUAAAAGUUUUAUAGAAUUAAUUAAUUUUAAUUGUUUGUCUUUCCAAAAUAUCACAACCCCUGUCAUUAAUUAAUUAUUAUUUGAUUUGAUUUGAUUUAUUACUACUACUAGUAUUUCAUUGUUUCGUUUCGUAGCGUUUUUUAUUUUAUUUUAUUUUCCUUUCUUCUUUCAAAAAACCGAUGCAGCGUUGAUUUGUGAAUUUUGGAUCACGACGGAACCCUCGUUUCUCCCCUUUCUCUCUCCGUCGCUGCAAUUGGUGCCUCCGUCGUUUUCAUCAUUCCAAUCCCUACCUAACCCCUCUCUUACCGUCUUCAAUUUCAACGGAAUUCUCCUGUUCUGAUCAAAAGAAGGUUAGUGGAGCAAGGCUGUGGGUGAGGAUGAAUUUGCAACAAGUUGGGCAGCCUAAAUCAUCUAAUGGAUAUGGUCGUCGGAAAUCUGAUAAGGACGGGGCAUCUAAAUCGGACAGUAAGAUUCCCCCAGGAAAAUCAAAUGCUGGCAGAUUAGCGAGUACAGGUGCAGUGACUGGUAGUAAAGGUGGUAGUUAUGAGAGUCCUUCGCGUGAUCGACUAGUCUAUUUAACAACAUGCCUUAUUGGGCACCAGGUGGAAGUCCAGGUGAAAAAUGGAUCUAUAUACUCUGGAAUAUUUCAUGCUACAAAUACUGAGAAAGAUUUUGGAGUCAUUUUGAAAAUGGCAUGCUUGACAAAGGAUGGCUCUUCGCAAGGACAGAGCUCUGGUGUUGAAUUUGUCAGCAAAGCACCUUCUAAGACUUUAAUUAUACCUGGCAAAGAACUUGUACAAGUCAUAGCAAAGGAUGUUGCUGUUUCUAGAGGUGACCUAGCCAGUGAAUCCAACUAUGAUGUGCAUCAGGAGAUCAUGGUUGAUUCAGUAAUAUCUCAACCUCGUCAUGUUGAGGCAGGGAGAGAAUUACACCGAUGGGUACCUGAUGAAGAUGUUCCACAAUGCCCUGAACUGGACAAUAUAUUUGAUGGCUCCUGGAAUAGGGGAUGGGAUCAGUUUGAAACAAAUAAAAUGUUGUUUGGGGUGAAAAGCACAUUUGAUGAGGAACUCUAUACAACAAAGCUUGAAAAAGGGCCUCAGAUGAGAGAAUUGGAAAUGCAAGCUCUAAGAAUAGCAAGGGAAAUUGAGGGUGAGGAUACCCAAGAUCUUCACCUAGCAGAGGAACGAGGCCUUUACCCUGAUGACUUUGACAUUGAUGAAGAGACCAGAUUCUCUUCUGUAUAUAGGGGUAAAGGUGUUGACGAUGAAUACAAUGAAAAUGAAGACAAUUUGUUGGAUUCACACAAUUCUGAAACGUUUGGUGAUGUGUCUGAUUCAGUCAUAAAGAGACCAGGAAAGGUAAGUGGUGGGAAAGGCAAAAAUGGAGCUCAAACAUGGUCAAAUUUCUCCUUUGUGUCAUCUCAGUCAAAAACUGGUGGGGAUUUAUGCCACUCUGGUGCUUAUGAUCAUGCUAAGCAGUUACCAUCUGAACUCCCUGGCCAAAGUUACUCAUUUUCAGAUGGGGAGAGCAGGAUUCAGGAUAAUUCUGUUUGUGAUCUACACGGAGCCAAUGGUAACACCAAGGAAGAAAAUCAGAAGCAAGCUGAAGAUGUCAAGCCGUUGAAAUACGAGGAUUUACACCCAGCACUCAACUUGAAGAAAGAUGACUCUGAUAAAGGGGGAUUAUCUUCUACUAAUGCCCCCUCGUAUGCCUCGUCUACUCAUAUUUCAUCGAAGAUUGAUGAAAAGACUGGAUCACAUGGAGACUUGACUGGGGGUUCAGAUUCUGGCAAAGCAAGUUGGGAAACGAAGCCCUUAAAUUCACGUGGAAGAUCGGAAACUCGUGUAUCAUCUGGUUCAGAUUCUGUAGCAGGUGUGGCAACAUAUUCUGGUCCUAGUCUAUCUCCAAGUUCUUCACUUGGUUCACUGUCUUCCGAAAAAUCAACUCUGAAUCCCUAUGCGAAGGAAUUUAAGCUGAACCCUAAUGCUAAGAGUUUUGUACCGUCUCAAGCAUCUGUUAGGCCUCGCUCCCCAGUGUCUGAUGGUUCCUUCUAUUUCCCAGCUAACGUAUCUACUGUACCGAGUAUGCCAACCAUGCCAAUGGGUGUUGGAGUUGGAACUUCCUUUGCCGGGCAACAGCCUAUCAUGUAUAAUCCACAGGCAGCACAAAUGCCACCCCAACCAUAUUUUCAUCAGAAUGGGCCACAGUAUGGACAACUUCAUGGUCAUCCUAGACAAGUUCUAUACAUGCCCGGUUUCCUACCUGAGACGCCAUAUAAGGGACGGAACUAUUAAUCACUAAGUUGACUGCAUUCCUGUGAAAAGAAUGGACAAAGUGGAUGGUGUGAGACUUUCAAAUGAAAAAGGAUAGCUUCAGCUUAUGAAAGGAUUCCAUAGAUGUUUGAUAAUUUACAAGAAAGCUGGCUCAUUCUGGAAUAUAGAUUAUUGAUCUUGUAAUCACUCACAUCUUUUGUGAUUUCUCAGUUUUCCUUAAUGUAGUAGUUGCUUUACUCAGAUUGGCUUUUUAUCUUUUAUUAUAAUGCAACCUUUACUUUGAUCUGUGA